UAUAUUGUCUUUCCUGGAGAGGCCGAAUCUCUCGUGGAAUCGCUCUUAUAUUUUGAUCUUUCUGAAUUUGGAUGUCCUUCAUGGUACAAGCAACACUACUAUAUAGAGAGACUUAAUUUACAGGCUGUAGCUUCUGCUCGUUCCGCUUCAAAUGAAUUUGUCAAAGAAUUGCUUGUAUCUCACAACAAAGUUUUAGUUUUAUUAAGUAAUCUUGUGAGCUGUUCUCUUUGGCUAGAACGUAUUCUUCCUAUUAUUCUGGAUUCCGAAUAUGAACCAACUUCUUCGUUUCCUAUAUAUAUAAUUUUACAUCACCAUGCAAUUCUUUCAAAUAUUCUUGAGACUGUUCUUUAUCAUAGCGAGGCUAUGGAAACUCUUGGUGAUUCCUCCGUUGAUCUGGUUGAUUGGUGUUACUAUCAAAUGUGUUUUUUGAUUAAAGAAGCUAAUACUAAUGACUCAAAGCAAAUUAUUGCGGAACUCAAAGAAAAGGUUGAUCACGCGUCUAUCAAGGAUGAAUUGAAAGCCCACCAGAGUGUCAUACGAUUUGAGAUUGGAAUGAAAGCUAUUGCUUUGAUGCGCUACCUGAUUGAGCACAGUUGUUCUGAUUUUGCUGCUGAGCACUCAAACUCUACAUGUUUGCCACUAGGAGUAAUAAGAAGAAUACUAAACACCUAUGAUAUCCCCAUUCUUUUUUGCAAUUUAAUCGAAUUGGCACCUUGGUCAGUUAUGCGCGUAGUUAAAGGAUCAGAUGGAAGUCUACACAAUAAAAAAUUCUACUGGCAUGAAAGUGGUUGUUGGAUAGAGGCAGAUGAGAUGCCUGCAAUGACGAAAUUGGAAGGCCAGCUUUGGCUGGGUUUAUAUCAAGUCCUGUUCAACCAUCCUAAUACAAUUAACUACGAUUUAACGCUGAAUCAUCGAAAAAAUAACUUACUUAGCCUUCGCUCUCAGCUUACUGAGCAGAGGCUUGACAACUUACCAGUACUGAUAAACCUAAGAAGAUUCCUUGAAGAACUUGCACUUUCCGAUGCAAGUUAUGCGGGCAGCAAUCGUAACCCAGGUCUGGCAAAUUUUUGUCUCGUAGAAGCGCUUCCAAUUAUUCAUGACGACAUUAUUCGAAGCCACAUUAUUGUUCAUGAAAAUCUUUAG